AUGACAAGAGAACUUUUCCAUGAUGCUGCAGUCAACGGAAAGGCCAGGUUCCAUCUGAUUGAUUUGUGGCACAGUGUGCAUUUGGGAGUGGGAAAGACGUGGGUAGCAAGCGGAGUGAUGAUGCUGCAGCAACUAUUGCCAGACACUGCUGUGGACCGGCGGGUGUUACUUCUUGGGGCAGACUACAAGGACUUUUGCCGUCGGAUGAAAAUGAACGCAAUCCUGCGCAAAGUUGAUCUGAGCACCUUUGGAACCACCAGUGAACCGAUUGGGGCAUGGAACAAAGCGGCCAUCACAUCCAACUUUUUCUUGUAUCUCGAAGACUUCUGUGAGAGGCACCAUGAGGAGAUUCAAGUGGAUGAACGCAUGCGCAUCUUUGCAGCUGGGACAAAACGGCUCAACUUCUUUUGGCGUGGGGUCUACUCAAAUGAUGUCUUGGUGGAAAGUUCGCUGGGUGCAUCUUUGGCCAGUGCACUUUACGACUUUGUCAAAGCGUAUCUAUGGCAGGCUCAUGCAGCCUAUGUCAGAGGUCUUUCCCACUUUGCUUUGUUCCCGAAACUUCAUGCCAUUCAUGAAGUGGCUCAUGAAAUGAGGCGUCAGUCAAAAGCAUCAGCUUGGAUCGUAAAUCCAGCGGCACAUACGUGUUCCCUGGACGAGGAUUUCAUAGGCCGCACAGCGGCAGUGAGCCGCUGUGUGUCGCCGCGAGCAAUCCCUUUAAGGUUGCUACAGCGGUACUUAACCCAUAUCCAGAUCGCUUGGUCACGUGGUUACCAGGGAGAAGAAAGAUAA